ACUACAGUCCAUACAUGUACAAUAUGGAGGGUUUAGAAGACGAGCUGACGUGUCCCGUGUGUCUGGAGUUGUACACCUGUCCGCUCCUGCUGCCCUGUCAUCACAGCCUGUGCCGCAGGUGUGCGGAGGCGUUCCUCGAGACUCACCCCGAUAAAACAGCGGGGGCACAGGCCGCAUGCUGCUCGGUACCACCAGCCCCUCCUUCCACCGAAGGAAAACUGGAAAGUUUCGCAUGUCCAACCUGUAGGAAGGAGGUUGGCUUGGGUGACCGUGGGGUACACGGGCUGGGGAAAAAUCUGCUACUUCAGAACAUCAUUGACAGGUUCAAACAGGCGCAGUCGCAGUGGAAAAGGGACGCCGUGGCAUGUCUGGUCUGCGACGCAACGCCACCUAGAGAUGCAGUGAAGAGUUGCACCAAUUGCAAGCUGUCUUACUGCAGGGACUGUUUACCGUUGGUGCACCCAUCCCGCGGUGUGCUAGCCAACCACCAACUGGUGGCACCCGUGGAGUCUUUUGAUUCCCUUCAAAAGACUGUGAUGUGUCCUGACCACAAAAACAAGCCAGUCGAGCUUUACUGCAAGAACGACAAGACACCAGUUUGUUCUCUCUGCAAGCUGGUCGGCAAACACAAAGAACAUGACGUCGCUGCCUUGGAGGAGGUGUUUGAGACCAAACAGGAAGAACUACAGAAAGAAAUCAAAAAGCUAGGGCGAAAGACCGAAGAAGAGACAAGAAAGAUCAAAGAACUUGAAAUCAGAAAGUCAGCAAUGGAGAGACACGGAUCUCAAGUGAACAAAAAAAUCAAGACAGAUUGUGACACAAUGAUAAACAUUAUCAGAGAACGCGAGGUCGCUAUGAUGGCGAAAGUAGACAAUGUAGUAAGAGACGAUACUGCCAAGAUACAAACCCCCAUUAACAGUUCUCAGGGAAAAGUGAAGAAUGCAAAUUCAUGUUUGGCGUAUGCCAAGGAGGCUGCAAAAGAAACCGAUCCAGCUUGCUUCCUACAAACUGAACAGCUUGUCACAAGUCGUGUGGAGCAAAGUGCCAACAAGCUUCGUCGUUAUGAAGGGUACCCACUCAAUCCCACCGACCGGGUCUCUGUGGACCUGAGCUCUGUGAAGAGUCUCCUGGAGGGUCUAGAUUUGCCGCAUGCCCCGGUCAUUUCUCCAGAAAAGUGCAAAGCUACAGCGCAUGAGGCGACAGUGUCGUGGGACACUGGUGACAGCAAGGGUUAUAAGUUCGAUGUUUUGUGCUCCUCUGUCGGUAAUAACCCAAUCAGCAUGCUCAACGUAGAAGGCAACUCGUGUGAGGUGAAAGGCCUGAAGGAGAGCGAAGUUUAUAGUGUCACAGUUAUUUCAAAAACUAACAGUGGUACAGCUAAAAGUGACAGCUUUAAUAUGAAAACAAAAUGUGUACCCGUACUCCCACCUACUUUGCCUUCAACAUUGUAUGAAAAGAAACCCAAGGGAAAGAAACGUGCAUCGCAACCUGCUGAACCUUCAACUCAGACGGCAAUGCAACCCAAUUAUCCAUGUUUUUUCAGUGAAAAAAUAAGACGGCUGAUGGAUGACAUCACUACACACAGCGCAAGUCCAAAAAUAAGAAAAGGCAUCUCGACCAAUAGAAUGAAAACGGGGAAAAAGCCCUAAUGUUCCUGCUCCACAUUAGCAGCGAGAGGUGUUGCUGAACUUCCAGCCUAUAUGUUCUGCUGGCUUAUUAUGAAAUUCAAUUGUUAUCCAUAUGAUGUAUUUCAUUAUGCUAUGCGGACUUCAUAGAUCAAUAAGUGUCUUUUUAAGUCUGGAAUCCAGCCGUAAAAGCGAUAACUGACUCCCUUCUACCCCGCACUUCCAUGACAUCGGAGGUACAUUGUAGAUUAUUAUUAGAGCUCUCACGACUGGGUUCCAGGCUAGACCAAUAGGAAAGGGGACACACACACACACAACGAGAUAGAAUCACAUAUCUGUCUGGAGAUUAUAUCAAAAUUGCCUUGUAUUCCAAAAUCAAAAAUGUAAUGACUUCCAUGCAUGUUUAGUUUAUCAUUAUGUAUACUUUGUUAUCACAUGGCUCUAUGGGUUACAUCUGCAAUGUAAAAUAUCAGUGAGCUUUAGUGAACUUUCUGUAGUGCACAUGUGUUUUCCGCUGAUACACCAUCCUUAAUGUGUGCAUUAAGGAGAGCAUGCUGCAGGUAGGGAAUGAAUUUGUGUAUAGUUAAUAAACUUUCAUAAAUCAUAUUCAUUCAAGACCUUUGCAAUCUCAAAUGAAUAUUGUUGUGAUGGAAGACUAGUCUUUAACAUUCCCUGCUGACCCAUUUUGUGGGGGUACUUGCAGUUCUAGCUUAGUCAUUUGUAAUGUUGUGUUCCCUGCACUAUAGCUAAGUAAGGUUAAGUGCUAAGAUUUCAGCCGAUAGCAAUG